AUGACGGACCUUGGUGUCAUGAAUUACUUCCUUGGCAUAGAGUUUCACAAGUCAAAAGUGGGGUUGCUUAUGCACCAAAGGAGGUAUGCUCUAGAUAUUUUGAAAAAGUGUGAUAUGGAGCAUUGUAAUGCUUCUAUUACACCUUGUAAGGCUAGAGUGCAGCUGUCCAAAAGUGAUGAGGAGGAUGAUGUUGAUCUAAUGCUUUACCGGAGCUUGAUUGGAUUGUUACGGUAUUUGUGCAAUAUGCGACCGAAAUUGACUUUUAGUGUCUGUAUUGCGAGUAGAUUCAUGGAGAGACCUAAGGUGUCUCACUUGGAGGCGGUCAAGAGGAUCCUUAGACAUGUGAAAGGUACUCUUGGUUGCGGAAUUCUCUUUCCCGCAUCGGACACGGGGCGUAAGUGCAAUUUACUUGGCUACACCGAUUCUAAUUAG